UGUUCUCUUGUAACAAUUAGACCAAACCAACCUCUGAUGAGAAUCUAAAUGAAGAUGUAUAUCUGAUGUUAUCAUAGACAUGAACUAUCGUCUAUCUAUAAAAACUGACGCAAAUUAGGCAGGGAUGUGAAGGACACUAUGAUGUCUGUAUGGUUAAAACAAUACAGAGUUUUCUAUGAUGAUGGCAAUGAGUGUACAUAUGUAUAGAAAUGAAGUUUGUGUUCUUUUGCCUGUUUGUCGGAUUUGCUCCAGUUACUUUACUUAUACUAGGAGUCAAAGAAGUACACAUUGAAAAGUUAAUUCAGUGUGAGGGUGUAAAAACUGACGUUGAACUAGCUGAAGCAAUCCUGAAUUAUCAGAGGAGGAUUAUGACAGUCAACUCUCAGAUCAUUGUCAAAAGACCGGUUGGGGGUAAGAUUGAUCUGAUACUGGAGCUGACUAAGUGUAGAAUGAAGGAAGAGCCGGACACUUGCGAGUUCAACUCUCGACACAGAGUGGUACUCGACUGUCAGCAACUCCACGACCAGAACAAGAUGUGGUCGGAAUUUGUCCAACACAUCACCAACCUGUCAGACCAAUGCCCUGUAUCUCCUGGAGAAUACAACAUGACAGAUGCACCAGUAUCUCUCCGGAACAUGGAUCGCUUGCCUCUUGGAUUCGGUUACUGGAAAAUCAAUGCAAACGGGAUUAUUAAGAAAAAAUUAAUUUUCUGUAUUGUGGCUGAAUUGAACAUUGAAAUACAAAGAAUAAGAAAACAUAAAUAUUAAAUUGUA